AUGUCUGCGGAAGAAAGUCAAUUCAACGUUCAAGGUUACAAUAUUGUUACCAUUCUCAAAAGGUUGGAGGCUGCCACGUCUCGUCUUGAGGAUAUUACUGUGUUUCUGGAAGAAGCAAACAAACAACGCAACGGAACUCAGGCUCAAGCUGCCAACUCGACACAUGUGCCUCAAGGAAAUAGUGCAAAUGAGACAUUGGAUAGUACUGCUUCUGCAUCCAGUGUUUCUUUGGGCGAGACUACAACCCGAGUCAAGGUGGUUCCGCAAGAGAAGAAGAAGAAGAAGAAGUCCAUUCUCGCAUUUGAACAAUUCAUUCAUGAUUAUGUUGUUCCCUUUGUUGAUACAUCACACCAAAUCGAUCCUGUUGUUGGCGAGUCUGCCAAAUUGUUUGCUGAUGCCUUUGUUGAGCAAACAAAGUUUUUGGAAAUUGUAUCAGAGUCGAGAAAACCCGAUAUGGUUGAUCCACUUUUAGGUCAAGUCUUGGCGCCCUUGAACGAUAAGAUUUCAAGGAUUAACAACUUGAAGGAUGAAAACAGGAGAUCAUCCUAUUUCAAUCACUUGAAUACUUUAAGUGAAAGUGGGGCAGUGUUUUUUUGGAUUGGGGUUGACACUCCAGUGUCGUAUGUUUCUGACAUCAAGGAUAGUGCCAAAUUUUGGUCAGAUCGGGUCUUGAAAGAGUACAAAGAUAAGGACAAAACCAAUGUUGAUUGGGUGAAUCAGAUUGCGCAAAUUUUUGAUGCAUUAAAGAGCUAUGUUAAAGAAUACCACACCAAGGGUGCUGCUUGGAAUGCCAACGGCAAGCCAUUUGUGGAAGCAGUUGAGGAAUUUAACUCUUCGACUAAAGGGUUGGCUGGCGACACGCAGCAGAACAAGAAUAGCACCGCAUCUGGUCCUCCAGCUCCAGCUCCAGCCCCAGUCCCACCACCACCACCACCUGCUUCCUUUUUUGAGGAAUCAUCUACACCUUCCAACAACAGCACAGGUACCUCCUCAGAAGGUGGAAUGAAUGCGGUUUUUGCUCAAUUGAAUCAAGGUUCCAAUGUUACUUCCGGUUUGAAGAAGGUUGACAAAUCCGAAAUGACACACAAGAAUCCCGAGUUGAGAAAGCAACCACCUGUUGCCCCAAAGAAACCAAAAACUUUAAGUGGACAUUCUACAUACGCUGCCCCAACCACCGCUACUGCUGCUCCUAAAAAGGCACCUAAGAAAGAAUUGAUUGAUGGAAGUAAGUGGAUUAUACAAAACUUUACACAAGGCGAUGUGCAAGGACCCAUCGUUAUCGACACUGAAAACUCCCAAUCAGUGUUUAUUGGAAACUGUAGUGAUAUCACUAUUCAAUUAAAGGGAAAGGCCAAUGCUGUAACAAUUUCCGAAACAAAGAAAGUUGGUGUUGUUAUUGAUUCUUUGAUAUCUGGUGUCGAGAUCAUCAAGUCGCACAAAUAUGGAUUGCAAGUAAUUGGAUUGGUGCCAAUGAUUAGCAUUGACCAAUCUGACGAAGGUUCCAUAUAUUUGUCCACAGAGAGUAUUGACAAUGAUUGCCAAAUCUACACCAGUAAAACUACAGCAUUGAAUGUGAAUGUUCCUGAGGCAAACAAUGAUUUCAAAGAAUUGGCUGUGCCAGAGCAAAUUGUGUCUACAGUGAAGAAUGGGGUUUUGACCAGCUCAAUUGUUGAACAUGCUGGUUAG